AUUGUAUUGCAGAUCUUUGAACAUCACAGUUGCACUUGUUGUAAAAUUUUCGUUGCCAGUUUUACAUCAUCAGUGAACAAACACAACAAUCAUCGAAAUCAAAUUUAACUUAACAAUUAAAAUGCAAACAAGUCAAUAAAAUGUGGCCAAAACAUUUUAUAUUUGUUUCAAUGCUGUUGCACUGCGCCACAGCCAGGGAGAAGUUUAUGGUCGGCAGCAUUUUCACAUCGGAUAAGGAUGAGGCGGAAAUUGCAUUUCGCACAGCUGUGGAUCGUGCAAAUAUUUUGGAACGCAAUAUUGAAUUGGUGCCAGUUGUGGUCUAUGCCAAUACAGACGACAGUUUCAUAAUGGAGAAAAUGGUUUGCAAUCUUAUUUCUCAAGGGGUUAUUGCUAUUUUUGGACCCAGCACUGGCGGCAGUUCAGACAUCAUAUCCUCGAUUUGCCACACUUUGGAUAUACCAAAUAUUGUAUAUGACUGGCGACCAGAUUAUCGACAUUAUGAGCACUCUACAAUGACCCUCAAUGUGCAUCCCGAUCAUUUGCAGCUGGCACGUGGAUUUGCCGAAAUUGUGCAAAGCUUUGGCUGGCGAAGCUACACAGUUGUCUAUGAAUCAGAGAAGGAACUGCGCCAGCUCCAGGAUAUUCUUCAAAUUGGUGAUCCAAGCAGUAAUCCAACUACAAUCAGGCAGCUGGGUCCCGACGACGAUCACAGACCCUUUUUAAAAGAAAUUAAACUGUCCACUGAUAACUGUCUGAUAUUGCACUGUUCUCCGGAAAAACUAAUGGGCAUCUUAGAGCAGGCCAAUGAGCUUAAAAUGUUGGGUGAAUAUCAGAGUGUUUUUAUACCCCUGCUCGAUACACACACACUGGAGCUUGGUGACAUCGUCAACGUGGAGGCAAACAUAACCACAGUUCGCAUCAUGGAUCCCACAGACUAUCACGUCAAGAACGUGGUUCACGAUUGGGAGGAGCGCGAGAAGCGGGAAGGUCGCUACUAUAAAGUGCUGCCCACUCAGGUUAAAACCCAGAUGAUAUUGCUCAACGAUGCCGUCUGGCUCUUCUCCAAGGGGCUCACAGAGCUGGGCAUUGUAGAGGAGUUAACAGCGCCCGAAAUUGAAUGCAAACGCAAAAAACCCUGGCCACAUGGCAGACGCAUCAUUGAAUUUAUGAAGGCGCGCUCCGAGGAGGUCGCCACGGGACGCAUCGACUUCAACGAGUAUGGGCAGCGUAGUUAUUUCAGUUUGCGUUUCAUGGAAAUCGAGGCGGGUGGCUUCUUGGAUCUGGCCAUUUGGGAUCCGGUCAAUGGCCUGGAUAUGCUCAACGAUGAUGAAGAGAGCGAGAAGCGUGUGGGUCAAAAGUUGUCGAAUAAAACCUUUAUAGUCUCGUCGCGCAUUGGAGCGCCCUUCCUGACAAUGCGCGAACCCGAAGAGGGGCAAGUCCUGCAGGGAAAUGCCCGUUACGAGGGCUACUCCAUGGAUCUGAUUGAUAAUAUUGCACGCAUGCUGAAUUUCAAAUAUGAAUUUCGCAUGUCGCCCGACGGCAAAUAUGGCAGCCUGAAUACAGCAACCCAAACCUGGGAUGGGAUUGUCAGACAGCUGAUCGAUGGGAACGCUGAUCUGGGUAUAUGCGAUCUGACAAUGACGUCAUCUCGGCGUCAGGCAGUGGAUUUUACGCCACCCUUUAUGAAUCUGGGCAUAAGUAUUCUGUUCUCAAAGCCACCCAUACCGCCAACAGACUUGUUCUCAUUUCUGUCGCCCUUCUCGCUGGAUGUGUGGAUCUACAUGGGCUCGGCGUAUCUCUUUAUAUCGUUUUUACUGUUCGCCCUCGCUCGCAUGGCGCCGGAUGACUGGGAGAAUCCGCAUCCGUGCAAGGAGCCCGAGGAGGUUGAGAAUAUCUGGUUUCUGCAUAAUACAAUGUGGCUUUCGAUUGGUUCGCUCAUGGGUCAAGGCUGCGACAUAUUGCCCAAAGCUGCCUCAACACGGCUUGUCACAGGCAUGUGGUGGUUCUUUGCCCUCAUGAUGUUGAACUCCUACACAGCCAACUUGGCUGCCUUUUUAACCAAUUCGCGCCAGGCCAGUUCCAUCAACAAUGCCGAAGAUCUGUCCGCUCAGAGCAAGAUCAAAUAUGGCGCUCUAUUGGGCGGCUCCACAUUGGGCUUCUUCAGAGACUCAAAUUUCAGCACUUAUCAACGGAUGUGGACAGCCAUGGAAAGUGCGACUCCCUCAGUAUUUACCAAAACCAACGACGAAGGCGUGGAGCGUGUGCAAAAAGGAAAAAAUCUAUAUGCUUUCCUAAUGGAGUCCACCACGCUGGAGUACAACGUGGAGCGUAAGUGUGACUUAAUGCAAAUUGGCGGCUGGCUGGACUACAAGAGUUAUGGCAUAGCUAUGCCAUUUAAUUCGCCGUAUCGCAAGCAAAUAAGUGGCGCUGUACUAAAGCUGGGUGAGCUGGGAGUGCUGGCGGAGCUGAAGCGCAAAUGGUGGAAGGAGAUGCAUGGCGGUGGCAGCUGUGGGGGCGACGAGAAGAAAAACGCCGAUACACCGGAGCUGGGCUUGGAGAAUGUUGGUGGCGUAUUUAUGGUAUUGGGCUUCGGCCUGUUGUCGGCGAUGGUGCUGGGCUUUACGGAGUUUCUGUGGAACGUCAAAGCGGUGGCCAUCGAGGAGAAGAUAUCACUAAAGGAAGCACUCAAGACGGAGGUUAUGUUUGCCUUACGUAUUUGGAUUACGACGAAACCGGUGCACGCCAGCGUCAGCUCCAACAGCUCAUCAUCGACGUCUUCCAGUUCGUCAUCGAAGUCAAAGUGUUCCAAAUCGCAUUCAGCACGUUCCAAGCGUUCAUCCAAGUCUUUGGGCAUGUCCAGCAAGAGCCACAAAAGCUCUGGGGAUCAUGAUCUGGAGUCUUCGGUGCACAGCAAGCUGAAGAAGAUUGGUUCCAUGUUCUCGCUUAAAUCGCACAAGGCCGCGACGCCUCCCCUGGAAAUUGGUUGGAAAUUGGAUAAAUCGACACAAAUGACUGACUCACCACCGCCAGAGGAGAAAGCGGAGCAGGAGGACGAGGCACCAGUACAGCGACGACAUCACCAUCAUCAUCACCACCAUCAUCAUCACAAUCACCAGCAAGAUGUGGACAAGUCUUUGGAUCAACGUGCUAGCAAAAUGAGCAAUGGAGUUUAAGAAGUUCUCAGUCAAAAUUUCUCCCUUCGAAAGAGUUUUCAACUUAUUAAAAUCUUUUUAUUUUUUAGAUUCGAUUCCCAAAUAGAAUAAUUAAAGUUUAUACAAAUAACGAAUAAUACCCAAAAUGCAUUUACAUCAAAUAACUCUUAAAUAUCCAUUUGAUAAAUUGAAAUGCAAAUAAGUUAAAAACUCUUUGAUUCAUACAAAUAUUUGAAAUUGAUCAACCCCACAAAGUAUUAUGAAAUUCUAACAAUAUUCUUACAUUUUUCUAUCACUGUAAAAGAAAAAAAUUACAUAAUUCGGUUUUUUAAGUUUUUAUUGUUUUUUUUUCUUCGUUUUGUUUUUGUUUUGUAUUUUUUUUCUUUUCUUUAAUUGUUUGAUUUUUAUAUACUGAAGUAAU